CAAUGGUUCACUUGCGCUUGGAGCUUUAAGAUGCGUCAUGGCCUAAGCGUCGGCGCGGAGUUGCACUGCCAUUUCGCCUUGCAAUCGAGAAUCAGAAGAAAGUUGGAAUAUCGGGUUCAGAUCUAUUCUCCGCUCCAUCACACCAUUUGCCCAACAAAACAAUGCUCGAAAAACGUGCAAGACCAGCUCCAACAAGCAUUCCUGAUGCAUCUUCACUACGAAUCGGAAUCGUACAUGCACGUUGGAAUAAAGAAUGUAUUGAUGCAUUGGUUUCAGGAUGCGUUUCAAAUUUAACGAAAUCAGGUGUAAAAGAAGAAAAUAUAAUAAUCGAAAGUGUUCCGGGAAGUUGGGAAUUACCUAUUGCAACUUCAAGAUUCAUUAGUGCUUCUCAAGUUCAAGAAUCUUCUUCUGGUUCUACUGAUUUGAUGGGUGGCUUGACGGAUUUGGCUUCCAAUCUUACCACGAAAGAUGGUGCUGGUUCAAGCAAUACUGCGAGCAAGAAAGCUUUUGAUGCUGUCAUCUCGAUUGGUGUCCUCAUCAAAGGAUCAACGAUGCACUUUGAAUAUAUCUCCGAAUCAUGCUGUCAUGGCUUGAUGCGUGUGGGAUUGGAUACAGGUGUUCCAGUCAUCCUUGGUGUUCUAACCGCUCUUACCGAAGAACAAGCUUUAGAGAGGUGUGGUUUGGGCAAUAGUGCAAAGAAGCACAACCAUGGAGAAGAUUGGGCGUCUGCUGCAGUAGAGAUGGCAUCAAAGACGAGUGCUUGGAGUAAAGGACAUUUGGAAGCAUAAUUGAUUGAUCGGAAUGGUAUACUAUAAUACAAAUGUAUCUAUAAAAUCCAUCUCAAGCAAAUAUUUGUGGAGUGGCUAGU